UCUUCCUAUCUCUCUCUCUUUUCUCGUAUCAUACCAUUCAUAAUACAGUUGUUUAUUGCAUUUCUCCCUCUAAGGUUCCUGUUUCUCCCUUGGUGUGAGUGUAAAAGAAGUGUGUACAAACUUUUAAAUGAGAAUGAAAAACAGCUAGCACACUUCAAGAAUCAAUGCCAGUGAUAAUAUUUUAUGCUCAAGUUAAGAAUAUUGCAAGAGUGGCUCAAACAAGUCUCAUGAACUCACUGUGAAAGGCUAAACUGACAAAUGUUUGUCCAUUGUCUUCAAAAAAACCACUUGAAUUCCAAGUUAUUGUUUGCCUAUGUUCUGGUAAAGAGCUAAGUUUCUCCAACUUUGAAAGAUUCUCAAGUGAUGGCAUCAAAUCAGAACCUGAAGGAGCUACAAUGGGCUCUACAAGCAAUCAAUUCAGAGGUCCUAAACCUGCACAGUAUCUCCUUCUACCUUUCUCAACCAACUUCAGCUUGUUACCAAGAAACAGAUAACUCCAUAAACAUAAACAUCUCCAAGGAAAAUCUUCCAUUCUUCUCUGACCUCUUGACAGAAUUAGCAGCAUCCAAGAGCACCAAAUCCACCUUGAGAAACUUGGAGUUCCACAGAGUUGAAUGGGAAAUACAACAGGUAAGAAACCUUGGCACCUUGCUGGGGAAUAAUCAAAGCAUACAGCAAGUUGUUUUUCGAAGAAACAGGUUCAAUGGGAAAACCCUAUCAGACCUUUCUGACAUUCUGAAGGCAAAUAAAGUGAUCAAAGAGAUCAUGCUUUCAGAAUCAGGCAUUGGAUCUGUUGGAGCUGGACUCAUUGCUUCUGCUCUUAUGGUGAAUGAGAGUUUGGAGGAGCUUCAGAUAUGGGAAGAUUCCAUAGGAUCAAGAGGUGCUGAGGAGCUUUCCAAGAUGAUUGAAGUUAACCCAACUCUUAAAUUGUUGACAAUUUUUGACUCCAAUGCAAUUACAGCUACCCCUCUGAUAUCUGCAGUUUUGGCAAGGAACAGAAACAUGGAAGUUCAUGUUUGGAGUGGAGAAAAUGGUGAAAAAAGUUCCAAGGUGGUUGAGUUUGUGCCUGGGAACAGCACACUUAGAAUUUACAAGCUUAACCUCUCAGGUGCUUGCAGGGUUAUAUGCUCCUUAGGAAUGAACUCCACUGUCAAAUCUCUUGACAUGACCGGAGUCAAGCUAAAAUCGCGGUGUGCGAAGGAACUUAGAUGGGUUUUAGAACAGAACCAGACCCUUAAAGAGCUGAACUUGUCCAGAACAUGCCUUAAAGACAAGGGCAUUGUGUAUGUUGCAGCUGGACUCUUCAAGAAUCAUAGUCUGCAAACCUUACAUCUAACUGGAAAUUGGUUCAGUGGAGUAGGUGUGGAGCAUCUACUCUGCCCUCUGAGUAGAUUUUCAGCCUUGCAAAUGCAAGCCAACAUUACUUUGAAGUGUGUUACUUUUGGAGGGGGGAGAACAAGAAUAGGAAGGGAUGGUUUAGCUGCUCUCACACAGUUUCUAACAACCAAUGAGACAGUGAGGAAGUUGGGAAUACAUGAUGAUGAGAGUUUGAGAUCAGAUGACUAUGUUAAAAUCUUCAAGAGCUUAGAGAAGAAUGCUAGCUUGAAAUGUUUGUCAUUGCAAGGAUGCAAAGGUGUGCAAGGAGAGACGUUGCUGCAGACAAUUAUGGAGACACUGCACAUAAAUCCUUGGAUUGAAGAUAUUGAUCUCUCCAGAACACCUUUACACAGUUCUGGAAAGACAACUGGGAUUUAUCAAAGAUUGGGGCAGAAUGAGAACACUGAACCAGAAAUGGAUUUGCUCAAGGACAUGCCACUAACAGAACCCAAGAGUUGCAGAGUUUUCUUCUGUGCGCAAGAAUGUGCAGGCAAAACAACACUUUGUCAUUCAAUAUCACAAAAUUUCUCUGCUUCGACGCUUCCCUACUUGGAUCAAGUCAGAACAAUUGUGAACCCUGUGGAGCAGGCUGUAAAAACAGUAGGAAUGAAGAUAAAAACUUUCAAUGAUGAGGAUACAAAGAUUUCAAUAUGGAAUCUUGCUGGUCAACAUGAGUUUUUCUCUUUACAUGAUCUAAUGUUCCCAGGGCAUGGUAGUGCAUCAUUUUUCAUUAUCAUAUUGAGUUUAUUCAGGAAGCCAAGUAACAAAGAACCAAAAAGCACAGAAGAGAUUGAAGAAGACCUGCAAUAUUGGCUUCGGUUCAUAGUUUCCAACUCCAAAAGAGCAGUGCAGCAAUGCAUGCUACCAAGUGUUGCUGUUGUUCUCACACACUUCGAUAAAAUUAACCAAUCUUCGCAAAAUUUUCAGCAAACAGUUGAUUCCAUUCAGAGAUUGAGAGAUAAGUUCCAAGGCUUUGUAGACUUCUACCCAACUGUAUUUACAGUUGAUGCAAGAUCAUCAGCAUCGGUUAGUAAACUCACUCAUCACAUCCGAAAGACGUGCAAGACGAUUCUCCAAAGAGUGCCGCGAGUUUAUCAACUUUGCAAUGAUCUCAUACAGAUUUUAUCAGACUGGAGAUCCGAGAAUUACAACAAGCCAGCAAUGAAGUGGAAGGAGUUUGGUGAGCUAUGCCAAGUAAAAGUCCCACCUUUGAGAAUUCGAUCAAGACAUUAUAACAAAGAGGUGGUGGAAAUGAAGAGAAAAGCUGUUGCAACUUGUCUUCAUCACAUUGGUGAGGUGAUUUACUUUGAUGAGUUGGGGUUUCUAAUUUUAGAUUGUGAGUGGUUUUGUGGUGAAGUACUUGGUCAGCUCAUAAAACUGAAUGUUAGAAAGCAACACUCCUCAGAAAACAGUGGAUUUAUUAGCAGGAAGGAACUGGAGAAAAUCUUGAGGGGAAGCUUACAGAGCCCGAUUCCCGGUAUGGGUUCAAAGGUGUUUGAGAACUUAGAUGCUAGUGACCUUGUGAGGAUGAUGCUAAAACUUGAACUCUGUUAUGAGCAAGAUCCAUCAGAUCCAAAUUCUCUGUUAUUGAUUCCCUCCAUUCUUGAAGAAGGAAGAGGAAAGCCUCAGAGGUGGCAGCUAAGCACACCAGAUUGCAUUUAUGCAGGACGUCAUCUCGAGUGUGAUGAUUCAAGCCACAUGUUUCUAACUCCAGGAUUCUUCCCUCGUUUACAGGUGCACCUUCACAACAGAAUAAAGGCUCUACAGAAUCAACAUGGUGCAACUUACUUUCUUGAGAAGUACCUCAUUUCAAUCAGCAUUAAUGGAAUCUACAUCAGAGUAGAGCUUGGAGGACAACUGGGUUACUACAUUGACAUCCUUGCAUGCUCCACCAAAAACUUGACAGAAACUUUAAGAGUCAUUCAGCAACUUAUAAUCCCAGCAAUUCAAAGCGUUUGCCAUGGAAUCACCAUGACUGAAAAUGUCAUUAGACCUGAAUGUGUGCGAAAUUUAACACCUCCUAGAUACAGAAGAACUCAAUUUGUUUCUCUUCAGCAACUGAAACAAGCACUACUUUCACUUCCAGCAGAAAGCAUGUAUGAUUAUCAACACACAUGGAGUUCAGUUCUGGACUCUGGUAGGCCUACUCUCCAAGAAGGGUUUGAUUUAGCACGAGACCUUUUAUCGGAUGAUGAUUUCCGGGAAGUGCUGCAUCGAAGGUAUCAUGACCUGCACAAUCUCGCUCAAGAGCUGCAAGUCCCACCUGAAAACAACAUAGAAGGGCAAGAUCAAUCUAUAACUUCAAGCAGUGAAUCUGGAACAGUUGACCCAACCUUUGGGGGCAUUGCAAAAGGGGUUGAAGAAGUUUUGCAAAGACUAAGGAUUAUUGAACAAGAAAUAAGAGACUUGAAGCAAGAAAUCCAGGGGCUGAGAUAUUAUGAACAUAGACUCCUCCUCGAGCUUCAUCGCAAAGUGAACUACAUAGCAACCUUCAAUCUUCAGGUUGAGGAGAGGAAAGUACCUAACAUGUUCUACUUUGUAAACACAGAAAACUACUCAAGAAGACUGAUCACAACCAUGGUUUCUGGCAUGACUGCUCUCCGGCUCCACAUGUUGUGCGAGUUCCGGGGACAGAUGCACGUUGUUGAGGAUCAAAUGGGGUGUGAAAUGAUGCAAGUUGAUAAUAUGGCUGUGAAGGCUUUGGCUCCAUACAUGAAGAAGUUCAUGACGCUGGUAACUUUCGCUCUUAAAAUCGGAGCUCAUCUCGCGGCUGGAAUGGGGCAAAUGAUACCAGACUUGGGCAAGGAAGUGGCUCAUUUGACUGGCUCUUCAGUUCUCUUUGGUGCAGCUGCAGCUGGUGCUGUAGGGGCUGCAGCAGGUAUGGGACGGAGAAACAGGUCCAUGGAAGGUUCAAGAGGCAUUCAACAGGAUUUAAGAGCUGCACAGCAAUGGGUGGUUGAUUUCUUAAGGGAAAGGAGAUGCUCCACAGGGAAGGAUAUUGCAGAGAAGUUUGGCCUGUGGAGAGUAAGGUACAGGGACAGUGGUCAAAUUGCAUGGAUCUGUAGGAGGCACAUUUACUCCAGAUCUGCAGAGAUAAUUGAAGUGCCAGUUUGAAACUGCAGAAAUCCUUGUAUAGCAAGAUGAACCUUAGCUUUCAAGUUUUUUUUUUCCUUUUAUAUAUUUCUAAUAUGAAUAUGGCAUGUAUUCAAGUUCUCCAAUACAUUUAAAGGAGUAUAGAUGUUGGUCUAGUAGAUUUCAAAUUUUAAUUUCCAACAUGAUGAAAGCUUGAACA